AUGACGCAAGAAAUUAAGGAUGCAUUCGAUUUGUUUGAUGUGGACAAGACUGGUUUUAUUGAUACUAAGGACUUAAAGGUUGCCAUGCGGGCACUUGGUUUUGAGCCGAAAAAGGAAGAAAUUAAGAGACUUAUUUCUGAAUACGAUCCCGAGGCUAAAGGCCAACUAGCGUAUGCAGAUUUCCUUCGAAUGAUGUCUGUAAAGAUGCAAGAUAAAGAUGCCCGGGAAGAAGUCCUGAAAGCUUUCCAUCUCUUUGACGAUGAUGAAACUGGGAAGAUAUCGUUCAAAAACCUCAAGCGUGAAAUGAUUGACGAAGCUGAUCGCGACGGCGAUGGUGAAGUUAAUGAAGACGAGUUUUUGCGGAUAAUGAAAAAAACGAAUAUGUAUUAA